AUGGAGCGAGAGUUGAAUUUUAGCCCAGCGUUACAGGAGAAUGGCUUCCCACAGAAAAGUGAUGAUGAGGAGUUGGACAUCAAACCAGAGAAAGGCAUUGGAAGCCAAGGGAAGGGUGAUGACGGGAAGGAUCCGAGGAGGCCCAAAAGACCACGCACCAUCUUGACCACUCAGCAAAGACGGGCCUUCAAGGCUUCCUUUGAGGUGUCUUCAAAACCCUGCAGAAAGGUGAGGGAGACGCUGGCCGCGGAGACAGGACUCAGCGUCCGGGUGGUCCAGGUGUGGUUCCAGAACCAGAGAGCUAAGAUGAAGAAGCUGGCAAGAAGACAGCAGCAGCAACAGGAACAGCAGAAUUCUCAAAGGCUCGGCCAAGAGGUUAUGUCUAAUCGGAUGGAGGGGAUGAUGAACUCCUUCACACCGCUGGCUCCGCCACAGCAGCAGCUGGUGGCCAUGGACCAGAAUGGCUACAGCACAGACCCCUUCCAGCAGGGGCUCACCCCUCCACAGAUGCCCGGGGAUCAUAUGAACCCAUAUGGUAACGAUUCUGCAUUCCAUGACAUAGACAGCGACACGUCUUUAACCAGCCUCAGCGACUGUUUCAUGGCCUCGUCGGAAGUCAACAUGCAGGCCCGCGUGGGAAACCCCAUCGACCGCCUCUACUCCAUGCAGAACUCUUACUUUGCCUCAUGA